AUUGCGUCACGCCAUGCUAGCGUUCUGCGCUGCCGCAAGCGUCUGCAGGACAGCUCGGCAGCACGUAAAAAGCGUGCAAGUUGUUUUGCGCCGAGUGUUCUUGAAUGUAUAUGCGUGCUAGAAGUGGGAGAGCAGUACAAUCUUCCAUGUCAAGGCCAGUCCUUCUCAACAUCAUCGCCAUCGGUUGCUUAUGUGCGAACUGUUAUUUGGUUCUUGAGAACGCGCAAUCGAUUGCUGAAGGGUAUCGCCUCCGAGUUAAUAUGCGGAGAGAGUCUACGAGAACUUUUCGAGGCUUCGCCGCCCUGGCGGCAGUGCUGUACGUAACCGUAUUCUCGUCCACACUCUGCUGCAUCUCCGACGUAGCCUUCCUCUGCUCCCAGUGUACCGGAAACCAUGUCUGCGUCAGAGCCUUUCUUCUAUGGAACGCAUUCGACAUCAUCGUCACCUUCGCGUGUGACAUCGCACUAUACUAUCUGGUUCAGUCCGUAUACGACCAGGGCUACAGGGCCUUGCAAAGCGCCACGGAGACCACAAGAGAAGACACAACGUCGACGUUGGAUUACAUGCAAGAUAACAUAAUGGAGAGAUAUCCUUCAGGACGUGACCAUUUUGAUUCGGAUUACGAGACCACGACUGAACGCAUCACUACAAGAGAAUCGUUCCCCCGUAAGGUCGUGGCCUUUACAGAGAAAAUCCGGUCAAAGCCGUCUCUUCCUCAAAUUGUUCUUGUGGCGAUAUUUAAGGUGCUGGUGCUGAUCUUAUUCAAGCAGUACAGCGAUCGCGAGCCCGCGGCAGCGCCCGCCGGCAGCGACCACGAGUCGAGCAGCAUAUCGCACGUGUCCCUGUCGCAGAUGGGCGCCUGGAAGGCCGCCUACGCGAGGCGCCGCUCGACGUUGCACUCGAUGCUGGGGCGCACGCUCGACAUGCAGGCCCAAGGCAUCGGCGAAGAGCCCACGCCGCGUUCCGUCGACGCUCCGCCGUGCGCAGCUCCAGGAACUCCCGAAGGAGUGCGCGAUGGCUCACCGAGCUCGGGUUCUCCCCGCAAAUGCAAAGGUUUAUCUGGCAACCUUCAUAAGCACGACCACGGCAAGAAGCUUGACGAGCAGGUGGGCGGCACCAGGUCGACGACGGCGUCUUCUACGGCCGCUCCAGACGGCGGCGUCAGACCCGCGGUCAAGACACCCCCAGCGACGUCCACGACAGUUCUCGACAACCGCGGGGCGUACUGCCGUGCAGACAGAGACACCAGCAGGUGGCCCGAACGCUUGGGCCGCGAACUAUCCACGCCCAAUAGUGGGAAAAUGUCAUCCACGUCCGAAGAGCCCACCACCUCUUCCAAGUUUUUCGUCACGGCCGACGAGACACCUGAUCCGGCCGCACGACCUCUGGAAGGGCGCUCCGUUAAAUAGGAACGAGUCGCGCGAGCGCGUCUUCGAGGCUCGUUCGUUACUUUCGCAGUUAUUUAGAAUGCGUAUUUCUACGCGCCACUUAAUUUUGUUUAUUUGUUAUUUAUUUAUGCGGCACCUCCAACGGCAAUGAGGCAUCACAAUAGAGUGAGAGCGGUACAAUUGUCACAACGUUCUCAAUUAUAUCAGCAGUACUUCCUUGAAAAUACACUUUAAAAAAGUUCAACAAUAUGGAUGAUGUAACAUGGGCUUUUGAAAGCAACACUGGCCAAAACAUGGGCUUCAAGGUUGUCUAAAUGAAGCAGUAUUCACGACAUCGGAAGGCAGUCCGCCCUAAUCAAGAAUACUUUUUCGAAAUAAAUGAAUAAAAAGACCUAAGCUU